AUGACCGACUCUCUCCGAAUCGCCAUCUUCGAAUGCGACACCCCUGUUCCCGCGGUCCUGGAGAAGUACGGCACCUACGGCUCCAUCUUCACGACCUUACUCACCCGAGCUUCUGAGGCGACGACGCCCGCUGUGAGGGUUAGGUGUGAUUGUUUCGACGUUAUCAAGCAGGAGUAUCCCGAUAGCCUGUCGAAAUAUGACGGUAUCCUCAUCACUGGAUCAAGACAUUGUUCCUUCGGCGAUGAUCCCUGGAUCGUAAAACUCUCAAACUACAUCAGCGACGUCCACCAAUACCACCCCAAAGUCAAGCUCAUCGGUAUCUGCUUCGGCCACCAAAUUAUUGCCCGAGCACUCGGCGGAACGGUUCAGAAGAAUGAGAAAGGCUGGGAAGUAGCUGUUACGGAAACUAAGCUCACACCUGAAGGACAAGCCAUCUUGGCCAAUACUUCUGGAACCCUGAAACUCCAACAAAUGCAUAGAGAUAUCGUCUCGAAAGUUCCCGUCGGGGUACACGUCUUCGCCUCCAACGAAAUCUGCAAAGUACAAGGCAUGCUCGUCCCAGGUCGUGUGCUAUCAGUCCAGGGUCACCCAGAAUUCACGCAGUUUAUCGUGGAGGAAUUAUUGAAGACACGAAAAGAGCAGAAGAUCUUCGCGGAGGAUGUAGUUGAGGAAGCGUGGCCGAGAGCGGCGGGGGAGAAUGAUGGAGAGAAUGUUGCGAGGGGGAUCAUUACUUUUUUGUUGAAGACGGAUGAGGAGAAGGGUGGGGUGGAGUAUCUCAGAAGGGGUGUUUUGGGUACUUCAUGA